AUGCAGGCUAUCUACCCUAAGAAGUUACCCGCGCCAAAUUGGGAUAGAGUACACUUGGAGCAUCCUGUGAAAAGAUACAUCGGAACUGGUAUAUCGAGUGAAACUAUUGCUCGGGGAUGGAGACCGCCUGGGGAGGUUCUGAAACAGCAAAAAAAGCCGUUUGAAGAAAUAAGAAACUAUUUCCAUGACUAUAAUGUCACGAAUCAACUGACCCGAUCACAAACGAUCGAGGACUUCGGGAUCAAACCACCUGACACCAAGCGGUUUAACAAACACACAUCUUGUACAGAAAACGAAUACGUUAAUCAUCAGAGUAGAAGAAUAGCUGACAGAGUACCCCGAUUGACUGCACAUGGAACAACUGAGACGAAAAGUCAAUUUACACCACCCGUCACACCAUCUCGACUUAUAACUAACAAAGAUCAAUACAAAUAUCCAGCUACAUUACCCCAAGCUCCUCCACUCCCGGAACCAAGUUGGCGUAAAGACCUAGAACCACUCUACACAACCUACGAAGGUUUUGAGAAGCUAUUAGAUCCGUACUUGACGACAAGCCGACUCCAUCACCGACCUUACACAGCGGAUCAGUUGCAGAGAGCCUCGUGUAACAAAGACGUUGUCACGUAUUAUACUUUUAAGGAUACAGUAUACACUCGCACGCGUAAACCAGAUACAGAAUGGCGAUUACCAGUAAGCAGACCAAAGUCUGUUUUUGACAGAGAAAAGUUUAAAGAGGGAUUACGCGAAAUAAGAACGCAUAAUAAACUACCAUUUGUGCCUGGAACUUUCCGAACGGAGGCAAGUGACAAUUAUAUAUCACCAAACUUACAACCAGCUUCACAAAUACAUAACCUAGAAGAGGAAGUCAGAGGCUACUACGAAAAAUGCUUAGCCAAUAUGGAAACUAACGUUCCAGAGGAGUACACUGCCUUCCGGCAGCAAUAUGCAACAGAAAACUCAGUGGUGGGCUCAAGAAAACCUGUAUGUGCAGUGUUUGACCAAUUUACGGAGAAGAAUAAGAGACUAGCAAUAAAAAGUAUUUUUAGAGGAUAG